GAGGCCGCACAGACUCGCGCCAGUUUUUGCAGCCGCACUCGAGUGUCUGCGCUUCAGUCUCCGGGCGGAGUAUUCUCUCUGUAAUUCUAGAGUUUUCCUGCGCUUCAUCUCCGGGAUAAACAUGGCCCCGAAGGACUAUACGGCGGAGAAAGAGAAGUGUAAGCGGUUCCUGCAGGAGUUCUACACCGAGGAUGACUCCGGGAAGAAGAUCUUCAAGUAUGGUGCUCAGCUGGUAUCUCUGGCGCACCGGGAGCAGGUGGCGCUGCUGGUGGAUCUGGACGACGUGGCGGAGGAAGACCCGGACCUGGUGGAGAGUGUGUGUGAGAACGGCAAACGAUACGCAGCGCUGUUUGCAGACGCCAUUCAUGAGCUGCUGCCCGAGUACAGGGAGCGGGAGACUGUGGCGAAGGACGCGCUGGACGUCUACAUUGAGCACCGGCUGAUGAUGGAGGUCAGAGGUCGCGACCCUGCAGACACGCAUGACCACAGGAAGCAGUACCCGCCCGAGCUGAUGCGCAGAUUUGAGGUGUAUUUCCGGCCCCCGGCCACGCUGAAGCCCCGGGUUGUGCGUGAUGUGAAGGCGGACAGCAUCGGGCAGCUGGUGACGGUCAGAGGAAUCGUGACGCGCGCGACUGAGGUCAAGCCCAUGAUGGCCGUCGCUACGUACACCUGCGACCAGUGCGGCGCCGAGACCUACCAGCCGAUCGCCUCGCCCAGCUUCACCCCGCUCAUCAUGUGCCCCAGUCAGGAGUGCGUCACCAACAAAUCCGGCGGCCGGCUCUACCUGCAGACACGGGGGUCAAAGUUCAUCAAGUUCCAGGAGCUGCGCAUCCAGGAGCACAGCGAUCAGGUGCCGGUGGGCAACAUCCCUCGCAGUAUGACCAUAUACGCCCGCGGGGAGAACACGCGUGUGGCUCAGCCCGGGGAUCAUGUGGCCGUCUCUGGAGUGUUUCUGCCGCUGCUGCGCUCCGGCUUCAGGCAGGCGGUGCAGGGCCUGCUCUCGGAGACGUAUCUGGAGUGCCACAGCAUCACUCUGAUGAACAAGACUGAGGAUGAUGAGCUGGGCACAGAGGAGCUGAGCGAUGAAGAGCUGCGCCAAAUCACCGAGGAGGAUUUUUAUGAGAAGCUGGCUGGGUCGAUCGCUCCAGAGAUUUACGGUCAUGAGGACGUGAAGAAAGCCCUGCUGCUGCUGCUGGUGGGCGGAGUGGAGCAGGCGCCGCGCGGCAUGAAGAUCAGAGGGAACAUCAACAUCUGUCUGAUGGGUGACCCCGGUGUGGCCAAGUCUCAGCUGCUGUCCUACAUCGACCGGCUCGCCCCGCGCAGUCAGUACACCACGGGCCGCGGCUCCUCCGGCGUGGGCCUGACUGCAGCAGUGAUGCGUGACCCCGUCACCGGGGAGAUGACCCUGGAGGGUGGAGCUCUGGUGCUGGCCGAUCUGGGCGUGUGCUGCAUCGAUGAGUUCGACAAGAUGGCUGACGCCGACCGCACGGCAAUCCACGAGGUGAUGGAGCAGCAGACCAUCUCCAUAGCUAAGGCGGGCAUCAUGACGUCUCUGAAUGCUCGCUGCUCCAUCCUGGCGGCUGCUAACCCAGCGUAUGGCCGCUACAACCCGCGCAAGAGCAUCGAGCAGAACAUCCAGCUGCCGGCGGCGCUGCUGUCCCGCUUCGACCUGCUGUGGCUGAUCCAGGACCGGCCAGACGCCGAGAGCGACCUGCGGCUGGCGCAGCACAUCACAUACGUGCACCAGCACUGCCGGCAGCCACCCACACACUUCACCCCCAUCGACAUGAAGCUCAUGAGACGCUACAUCAGCAAGUGUAAGCAGAAGCAGCCGGUGGUGCCGGAGUCUCUGUCGGACUACAUCACUGCGGCGUAUGUGGAGAUGCGGAAGGAGGCGCGGGUCAGCAAAGACACCACCUUCACCUCCGCCAGAACACUGCUCUCCAUCCUGCGGCUGUCCACUGCACUGAUGGAGGAGAAACCUAAUGGAGCUUCUGGACACCACACAUCACACCAUACAUAA